CUCUGCUCUGCUGCUGUCGUUGUCUUGCCGCAUGUGUUACAUAAGUUCGGGUGGAGAAAAUUCUUUCCUGCACUCGUAAUAGUGGUCAAAAUGUUAUCGUCGCUAAGAAAUGUGUUGAAAGUUGGUUCCCAGCUCCAGCAGAUCAAUUUUGCUGAACAAUUUAGCCGGAGCUAUGCGGCCAAAGCGGCGACUAAGGCGGCCGCCGGUGCGCAAGGUAAAGUUGUCGCCGUAAUCGGUGCCGUCGUUGAUGUACAGUUCGAUGAUAACCUUCCACCCAUCCUCAAUGCACUGGAAGUUCAAGGCCGUGAAUCCAGGCUGGUGCUCGAGGUGGCCCAACAUCUCGGCGAGAACACUGUCCGUACUAUUGCUAUGGAUGGUACGGAGGGACUAGUGCGCGGGCAACGGGUACUGGAUACCGGAUUUCCUAUCCGUAUCCCAGUCGGAGCGGAAACGUUAGGUCGUAUUAUCAACGUCAUCGGUGAGCCAAUCGACGAGCGUGGCCCUAUUGAUACCAACCUCUCGGCACCGAUCCAUGCCGAAGCUCCUGAGUUCAUCGAAAUGAGCGUUGAGCAGGAAAUUUUAGUAACCGGAAUAAAGGUUGUGGAUCUCCUCGCUCCGUACGCUAAAGGUGGUAAAAUUGGUCUAUUCGGAGGUGCUGGCGUUGGUAAAACCGUAUUGAUUAUGGAACUGAUCAACAAUGUGGCCAAGGCGCAUGGUGGCUACUCUGUGUUUGCUGGAGUGGGCGAACGAACCCGUGAGGGUAACGAUUUGUACAAUGAAAUGAUUGAGGGCGGUGUUAUCUCACUGAAGGACAAGUCCUCUAAGGUAGCACUUGUGUACGGACAAAUGAAUGAGCCACCCGGUGCUCGCGCUCGUGUUGCCCUUACCGGUUUGACUGUUGCUGAGUAUUUCCGCGAUCAGGAAGGUCAAGAUGUGCUGCUGUUUAUCGAUAACAUUUUCCGCUUCACCCAAGCCGGUUCCGAAGUAUCUGCUCUGUUGGGUCGUAUUCCAUCUGCUGUCGGUUAUCAACCAACCCUGGCCACGGACAUGGGUAGCAUGCAGGAGCGUAUUACCACUACCAAGAAAGGCUCUAUCACUUCGGUGCAGGCUAUCUACGUACCGGCUGACGAUUUGACUGAUCCCGCUCCGGCCACUACAUUCGCUCACUUGGACGCAACAACUGUGUUGUCACGUGCCAUUGCCGAACUGGGAAUUUACCCGGCCGUAGAUCCCUUGGAUUCAACAUCCCGUAUUAUGGAUCCCAACAUCAUUGGCGCCGAACAUUACAAUAUUGCCCGUGGUGUGCAGAAAAUUCUGCAAGAUUACAAAUCACUUCAGGACAUUAUCGCCAUUCUCGGUAUGGACGAGUUGUCCGAGGAAGAUAAAUUGACCGUAGCCCGUGCCCGUAAGAUUCAACGAUUCCUGUCGCAGCCCUUCCAGGUUGCUGAGGUGUUCACCGGCCACGCAGGAAAGCUGGUGCCAUUGGAGGAAACUAUCAAAGGAUUCACUAAGAUUUUGAAUGGCGAGCUGGAUCAUCUGCCGGAGGUCGCCUUCUACAUGGUCGGUCCGAUUGAGGAGGUCGUAGAAAAGGCCGAACGCUUGGCGAAGGAAGCAGCUUGAAUUGAUAAUUAUUUAACAAACAGAUAAGCACUUUAAAAUCGAAUGCUAUACUAUGGCAUAAUGUGUAUUGUUCGGAGCUAACGUAAAUAAACUGAAAAACAUAAA